GUUUUUGUCUGGAUACAGCGGAGUUCAAAGGGUAAAGGUUAAAGUUUGUCUGUGYAAACACCGGAACACGUGUUGGUGUUAAAAUAGCCAGGCUUCAGAUAUGGCUGCCAUGUACUCUGGUAUUCACUUGAAGCUCAAAAACCCCAAGACACCCUGGGUGGACAAACUGAAGCUUGCCCGUUUUGCAUGGAUUUCAUCACAGUGCUUACUUCCUAACAAAGAACAGGUACUCUUUGAUUGGAUAAGUCAUGCAUUGACAGGCUUUUACAGUAAGAAAGUGGAGUUGCCACAGGUGGUGGUGGAAGGCUUGUGGAUCUACCUGGAUGAUAUUUUGCACAGCAAAAAGCUACACAGUGUGUUGAGCCAAGGAAAAACCAUCAGCCUUCGUUUGGCAGUAGCGCAGGUUAUAAUUGAAAGGAUUCAGGAGUUUGCCUCAGGGACCUCCUCAGCGUCUGUCUCCACCGUGUUGAGCUGCUGUCAGGGCAUCCUUUCCUCCUCAGUCCUCUCUGUCACAUUCACCACUAAGUAUGAGCUACUGGUGGAGCUGUUGGCCAAGCUGUGUGCCCUGGGCUGCUCCAAGCUCAGUCAGCAGCAAGCCACAGAUCCCCUGACACCCCAGGUGUUUGAGGUCCUCCUCCUUACCCUGAGUAGCUACCUCGCGGUCCAAAAGCAGCAGCCCAACGCCAACCGCGUGUUUGCCCAAGUCACAACACACCUGCUCCAGCACCUCCUCCUACUCAGACACCUACUGACUUCCAGGGCCUGGAUGGCCGAGGAUGACCCUCGUGUCCGCCAGCACCUGAGUAGGGACAUCCGUGGGAAAGUGGACACCAUCCUGCAGUCUGCUCUCUUCCUGCCAGACCACCUCCAGGCCUAUAAGGAGGAGCUCCUCUCAAAGGAGGAGCCAGGGAUGAAGAAGCGAGCAGCGGGGAAAGGCCUACUCUCCCCAGUCAACUCGAUACUCUCAAAGCUUUGUGCACAAGGGUACUGUGACACUGAUCUCCAUUUUGCGGUCAGGUCGAGUUCCCUCCCACUGCUCUUCAAGUUCUCUCUGGAUGCCUACUGUAAAGGAGGAGAUAAUAAAGUACUCUGCUUUCACAUGUUAACACAGUUAAUCGCUGCCUUGGAUUUCACAAAUGAGGUGACUCUCAAAGACCUGUUUGAUGGGGAAAACUGGAGCUUAGCUCUGCUGACUUUGGAGAACCUCUUGAAUUUAUGCUUGACGGCAGACAUUUACAAUGUGGCGGCUGACAGGAUAAAGUACAAGGAGGUUCAGUUGAUUUUCUACAGGAAGGUGGUGAAGCUGUUGUUGAACAAUGCCCAGCCCAGCAUAUCAGCAUGGUACCGCUGUCUAAAAGCCCUGCUCAGUCUCAACCACCUGAUCAUAGAGCCGGACCUGGACGAGCUGCUGUCGGCAGGAUGGAUUGAUUCCGACUGCACAGAGCCACGGGUUAGGAAGGCACGCGAGGCCCUUAUCUCCUCUGUUCUCCAGAUCUARGCCAAGCUGAGGCAGCUCCCCAAGCUCUUCGAGGAGCUCCUGGCUGUCAUCUGCCGCCCAGCAAUGGAUGAGCGCCGACAGCCCGUUCUCCCAGAGGCAGUGCAUAGGACGCUCAGCACAUGCCUUCUGGACAACCCCACCAGCCAGAGUCUGGAAAUAUGCUGCCUCAUUUUAGAGAACSUAACAAGCUAUGUACUCCCGGAUCUGGAAGGAAACGGAGACAUGUCCCUGAAGUUGUUCUCCUUGAGUGUGCUUUUGUACUCUGUGUUGUUCAGCCUGAAAACUUUGGACAACAGCACACCAGUUCCUGUUGUGAGGCAAACCCAGGCUCUGAUGGAGAAGAUGCUCCAGGUGGUGAAGCCAGUGCUGCAGCUGGCUGAAGGCCAGGCCCCAGACGUCCCUGGGUGUCAGAAAGUCCAAGAUGCAGGCCUUCUGCUAAAGUACACUUGGGUGGAGGUGGACACCCUCUUUCAGAUUCACUGUACAAAAUACACAUCUCCAGCGGACCCAGCUAGCGUUAACAUACUAGACGACAUAGGUAUUCUCUCUGGUGUGAUGGCGACAGGUGAAGAUCAGGCCUCUCCCAUCGACCAGCACUGGAGCCCCAUGACCCACCUCCUGCAAAAACUGCUCACUCUCCAACAAAUGAAGAAAGUUAUCCUAAGCAAUGAGCUCUUGGCACAGACUAGAGCUUCAGAUGUCCUCCGCAGAGCAGCCCAGUACAUUGUGGGGAGAGGAGCCCCUCAACUCUGCCAGCAGAGUGACCAGCUAUGGGACCGUCAGGUCAGUAGUGUGGAUGCCAGCACGUACCCAGUGGCACAUUGGUACCUCGUUACCACAAACCUACCAAUGAUCUUGCCAUUCCUCACUGAGGACGAAGUGUGUCAUAUAGCUGAUGUUCUCCUCAGCUCCRUACUUCAGAAGACACCAGAUGACACCACUGAGAGGCUGUCUGUCUCUCUCAUUUCCAAAGAUCUGCUUGAGAGCCUUGUUCUUGUCGAGUUACCCACUAUUUACUCUGCUGUUGUCAGAUGUGUCACUCAAAGGAUUGUGGGGAUUCUCAGCGGCAUCCCAGACAUGGCCUCUGUCUGUCCUGCACUCAUGAAGUUGAGUGAAGUAAGCUGUUCGACAGCUGGAGACAAAGGAAGUGCAGUAACUCAGUCAGAUGGUGAUGUCAGUGAAUCCCAUUCUGCUUUGAAGAGACUGGAGUCCAUAGCCCAACACAUACUGAACUCUAGUACGACCGGAGCCUCUAUAACCCUAUCUCAAAGUCAAGCCGAUAACCUUUUAAGCUUACUUCAAGUCACCAAUGCUCUUAACCCAGAUGGAAUGUCCUCUGAAGACUUUUCAGGGCUCUUUUUACUUUUAUUCCUCAUGGUCACAGACACACAGCUACAUAAUGAUGUGAAGCCUGCCGUAACAAUACAUCUGCUGAAUCAGCUCUUCAGUCUCAUGGGGUUGCUUCUGGCAGGGAAUAAUUCCCAUCAUGUUUUAAAGAUUGUGCAUGGGAGUAGCCUCRUGGAGGCAGCUUUGACAGCUCUCUUUUCACACAGCAAUAAGGGCCACUUUCAAACCGUGGACACCUCUGCUUGGCUGACUUUCCUAAAAACCGUCCAGGAUUUCAUCCAGUCCCUGAUCCUAUUGAUAAUCCACAGAAAGAGCAGUGUCCGCCUUAACCUGGAGAAAUUCACCACCUACUUGGUCAAUAGCGAGGUGGCCGUUAUGGCUUUGUCUUCUCUCCCAGGAAACAUUGAAACAGGGGGCCUGUUCGCCGUACAGCUCCUGCUUGCGUCUAUGAACACACUGUGCCAGGCCAUGACAUCCAGCCUCAGGACAACCAAGCAGCUAGCUGAGACCCUGAGUCAAUUACUGGGGAAGACCACUGCUGUCAUGGGCCCUGCCAUCCAGGCCAGCCUGAGGGCUCAGACAGGCAGUSUACUAGGCCAGGCCUUCUCCGUGGAUGUGGUGACCGGGAUGUUGAGGAGCGAGCUGGCCUGUGCUUGCCCCCAAAAUGAGCCUAGCGAGGGCAUCACACAGGAGAGUCUAAGCCACAUGGGCAUGUACAGGAGCUUCAGCCAGCAGAUUCUCAGAGAGCUGUGCCCAUCCCAGCGCCCUAUGGACUUCCUGGUCUCGUCGCUUCACUUCCUCUCAGCGUACUACGCUGCUGCAGAGAUMACCAAAGCCCUAGGUCAGGAGGAGCUCUUUGUGGCAAUUCUGCAGAAUGUCCACAAACUGCUUGCAGCCCCAUGGCUGUCAGUAUCAGAGGUGAGGUCCCUGGAGGAGCCAGUAAAGGAGCUUCUGGACCAGCUGCUGGUCAGGUGUACCCCAGAACAGUUCCACCUUCUCCUGCUGCUGCUCCGAGACGGACUGGAUACCUCCAAGUUCAGGAGUGGCUGUCAUAGGGAAGUCCUUUCAACUGUGACGAUAACGAAGUUGCUUGCCAGCGGCCUGCUUCCAGAAACCUGCUUUAAGGCGUUCUGGCUCAUUGCACCUCAGAUCAUAUCUGCCUUAGUAUUUCUAGUGAAGGAGGCUGGCAAGGAGCCAACCCUGACUGCUGCUCUGACCGUGCCGGUGUUGGACACUCUGACAGCCAUGCUCCGUCAGGGGGAGAGGAUGCUCUCCAACCCCCACCAUGUGACCAUGGUGCUGGGGGCCCUGCAGUUUGUCCCCCUUGAGCACCUGACGAUGGAAGUCUACCACACUACCUUUGAGGCCAUUCACGAGGCUCUGUUUGCAGUCAUCCGGUGUCAUCCGCAGGUGAUGCUGAAAGCGGCACCGUCUUUCCUCAACUGUUUCUACCGCCUGGUGGUCUCCAUCAUGCAUGAGGGGAGACAGAAGGGCGAGGCCGAGAGAGCCCCUGAGAUCAAUGCGGAGGUGCUUUUGAAGUGUGCUCGUCUGGUGGAACGCAUGUACUCCCACAUCGCCACCACAGCCGAGGGCUUCACUAUCCUCUCCUCCUUCAUGGUAGCACAGUACGUCAGCGAGCUACAGAAGGUUACUCUGCAACCAGACAUCAAGAGCCACCUGACAGAGGGAGUUUACAGGAUCCUGGACCUCUGUGUUGAGCAGGACGUUAAGUUUUUGAACAGCACCCUCCAGAUGGGUGUCAGAGAGGUGUUCAACGAUCUCUAUGGCAGUUAUACUCAUUACCAUAAAACCCAGCGGCAAGGAGAGGAGAAAUACACAGCCUGACACUCUCCUCUACCAUCUCGCUUUCCAGAAAUACUUUUUCUUUAUAGCAGCCAAGUUUUUUUCUUAAACAACUGUUUAAACAUGUAAAAAAAUAAAACACAAAAAAUGUUUGUGUGUUGGUUUAGUAGUGGGACAAAAAAAAGGUAAUUGACAACAAAUUAUGUCUCAAGUGUGUUUAUUUGAAUACCUUGUUUGGUCUUUCUUGUAUUGAUGGCUAAUGUACUGUAACUUUAGACUAUCCAAUUUUCAAGAUUUGYUUUACAGUGCCUUCAGAAAGUAUUCAUACACCUUMACUUAUUAAAAAUUGUUACAGACUGAAUUCAAAAUGGAUUAAAAUGUUUUUUCGCUCACCAAUCUACACASAAUACCCCAUGAUGACAAAGUGAAAACAUGUUUUACAAAAAUAAAUCAAAUAUCGUAAAAAUAAAA